AUGCAAAAGAGACCAAUGGCUAAUAAAAAGAAUUUAGAAGUUAAAAGAAAGUCAAAGAUGCAAAAUAGCAAUAAAGAAGAACGUAGAAGCAGUUGAAAUUUAGACUUUUUUGCGGCCCUCGAUCUCUCAAAGCUUCCCAUAAAUAUAUUUGGUAGUGCAAAUUAUGCAAUACCAGAUAAGAGCGACCAAUGCUCAAACUUAUCUGGAGACACUGAAUCAUCGCAGCUGACCUUGGAAAAUCUCGUCAUGCAAUGUUUUAGAAAUCAAAACUGCAUUACCGAUCUAAAUCCAAGGUUUAUGGUCGAGCUUGAAAAAUGCGAUUCAAAGUUCAAAAUUGACUUUGGAGAAGCCAUUUAUUCAGGCAUUGUAUCUGGGGACACAAGUAUUUGUGAAAUCCCUAAUGAUUGUAUAGCUGAUCAGCUAUAA